UACAAUUCUUCUUUCUUCGGAAUUGCAAAAAAAAAAAAAAUCAGUUUUUGGGUUGUAAUCCAUCUAAAGGUGAUAGUGGAGUGCAUAGGAAGCUUAUGAAUAAAUUGACCAAAAAGAUAUAAUUUUUUCUUUUGGAACUUUUGACUGACAAUAAAUGAAAUUGGUAAAACAUAACUCCAAUGGAAAAAAGGCAAGAAAAAGGAAGGAUUUUUAUUGAUUUGUAUUUGGAAAAUUAGAGGUUUUUUUAAUAUUCUUUUUGUAUAUAAAGGGUGUUUGAGUCUUGAGGAGUCAUUGUGUAUUGAAAAUUGUAAUUUUGGGUUUGAGAGUUAUUUUGGGAAUGAUGGAAGAAGCUCAGGGUAGUAGUUCCGAUAAGGUGCCUCCUUUUCUCACUAAGACUUAUAAUAUGGUUGAAGAUCCUUCAACGGAUGCCAUUGUUUCUUGGGGUGCUACUGAUAAAAGUUUUAUUGUUUGGAAUAAAGAAGAUUUUGAAAAAGAUUUGUUGUCUCGAUACUUUAACCAUAAUAAUUUCUCAAGUUUCAUCAGACAGCUUAAUACCUAUGGCUUUAGAAAAAUUGAUACACAACUAUGGGAAUACGCAAACGAUGAUUUUGUAAGAAAUCAAAAACAUCUUAUGAAGAAUAUCCAAAGGCGCAAAACAGUCUAUAGCCAUUCUUCGCAGAAUGCUGAUGGCCAAGGGGUUGCUGCUCCACUAGCAGAAUCCGAUCGACAGACAUUGAAUGCUUAUGUUCAAAAUCUUAAACACGACAGAGAACAAAUGUUUCUGGAAAUUCAGAGAAAGGAAGAGGUGAAGAAAAUGAAUGAGAUAACAUCACAGUACAUGAAGGGUCAUUUGGAAACUUUGGAAAAGAAACAUCAAAGUGUGCUCUCUUCUGUUGGUCAAGUGCUGAAGAAACCUGGGAAAAAGGAGCAAAAAAGGAAGAUUCCGAGAAACAAUCCUUUUUGUUAUGUAGCUAGCACUGAAGAUCAUGUGGGAACUUCUCAUGUAAUACACAAAGAAAACGACCCGGGUGUGUCUCGUCUAUCAUUAAACUUGGAACAAUUGGAUCUGCUCGACUCAUCAAUGACAUUUUGGGAGGAGAUUACAAAUGAUGUUGGUGCCGAAGUUCAGCCCAAGUCACUAGAAGUCGACAUGAACUCCAUGCCAGUGGUAGUUGUUCCUGAUCCAGUUGCAACUGAGACAGAUGUAGUUGUUAUUCCUAAUCACGUUGCAACUGAGCUGGAUGUAAUCGUUGUUCCUAAUCCGGUUGCAACUGAGCCAGCGGUAAUCAAUGCUUCCGAUCUUGUUGCAGUUGACCCAACUGUUGCAGUUGUCCCUGAUUUUGUUGAACCAAAAGAACAACCCGUCGUAACAUCCCUGGUUACUACUGAUUAUAAUAAUGAAUUUUGGGGACAAUACUUGCAGGACGAAUCGGAAAAUGAAGACAUACCUAGUCGAGUUGGCCAAUAUUGGCAGACCAAAAGAGUCUAGAUUACCUUUCAAUUCCAAAACAGAUGCGGCAUUCUUAAUCAAUUUUACUCCUUGGUUUCGGUUGAUGGUAGAAUGUAGCCAAUUAUUUUACUCCUCAGUAGUCUCAUUUUUUGUUUUUACUUUACAUGAUAUGAAAUUGUUAUUGCAAAUGCGGUUAUACUGCGAACCCUUUGCAAAUGAAAUUGAGUUGUUCGUUGUC